UUUCACUACUCCGUACAAGAUCGUAUUCUUGUUGAUUUCUCUUCUCAACCAACCCAAAGACAUUUUUUCUCCUUCUCCCUCCUCCACAUUUAACAUUUAUUGAUUGGUGCCAAUUGUCACUCAUAGAUGACCCCUCUCCAACACAGGGAGCAUCACUUUCGUCAGGGGAGCAAAUCCCUCUGACGAACUCUACAUCUUGGUAGUCUCCCUCAUAGAAACUAAACUAACCAACUUAUAGGGUAUCAAGCUGAGCUCACUGAUGCUUAUGCAGCCGCAGACACGGCUCAAUGCCACCGUUCACCAUGCCACAAGUGCCCGCUGGAGCCGUCGAAUGAACGCGGACAGUAUUUUUGCUGUGCGAGUUGGUCUGACAUUCAACAUAUAUUCGUAGCUCAGCAGGGCUCAGUAGGGCUCAGCAGGGCUCAGCAGGGCCCUUCAGUACAAAAACAACGUUUUGGAACGGGGUUUUAUCUCUAGGAGGUCGCGAUUACUCUCGCCCGCCAGAAGGAUAUGGACUUGCGCUCCACCACCCACCACCCAGCGCCUGUGGGAUUGUUAUCUGCCGUGUUUGCAUCUGCGAUUUGAGAUUGCUGAACACGGCCGUCUAUCAUAUCUCGAUCCGAUGCCGAUAUUCAUCACUGCAUCAUUGGAUGGAAGCAGAAACGUCCAUCUGGCAUCUGCCUCCGUUUAAAAGUUGGCAACAUCAAAUCAUUCCAUUCGCAUCAUCUAUGGGUAUGAAGAAAUCCAAUCCAGAAACGCCCAUAUCUGGGAAAGACACCUGUUCUCGGGGCGACAUUGAACCUUUCGCAAUUAUUGAAGCUCCCGAAUUUCCCCUUCAUCUAAAUAAACCACAAGAUCCGUCUAGGUGGAAACCUUUGAUAGAGGGUGCAGGCCUUAAUAUUACCCCUGAGCCGGCCAUACUCGUGCCCGAUCCAUCUCCGACCAAGACGCUUCACGACAGUGACGGAGAUACACCAACAUCAGAGACCCUUGGAGGAUCGCUUUCGCGGAGGAGGCGGCAUGGGGAGUACCACCAUCGUCCUCCAGUCUGGAACAUACGUCCUCUAGACGAGGACAUUUCUGUCUCCUCAAGCAUCAAAGUCGAGCUCGAUUCUGAUAUUCUUGAUUCUCUGAACGGAUUGAAGAUGGACAGUACCUCGUUUCACUCACAAACAUCAUCCAGUAAUACGUCGUAUAACCUUAUUCCGCAGCCAAACAUUAGUCCUAACGCUAUAAUAUCUGAUUCUCUUCUCGAGGAGCAGCUAAAUACGACGGCCUCCACCUGGUCGAGAGAGCCGUUCAUAAUUGCCAUGGCCGGAACGGACGUCGAAGAUAGUAAUGGGUCAGAUGGCGAUCAGCGUAACCCAGCUAUAGGAUUUGCUGAUUCUAGACCGGACGAGCCACCACCAGAUUACAGCCGUCUCAGCCCCAGAAGUCGCAUUACACCUUGGCCAGCCAGCUACUCAACUCAGUCAACCGAUGAGGAGCCCCCUCAUAUGGACACAUUUGCCUCUUCCGAGCCGGGAAGCGGAAUUUUGCAUGUUAGCGAUUCAGUUGGCCCUUCGAGUACAAGUGGCGGUAUCCACGCACGUUCCCACGAGAAAGAAUCUAACGAUCGGGGAGGAGAAAAGGAAAGUGGCCACUUUCAUUUGUCAAAAUGUCCUUCUCUGUCUCCAGUGAUAGAACAACCCCAAGAUGAGAACUCGCCGCCUAGAGAACUAGAAGGGGGUCUUGGACCUUAUGAGCGUGAGACGGUUUGUUCAGUGACCCCUACUACGGUAGAGCAACCUCGAGAUGUCCCCGCACCGCUUUACCAACCAUAUAGGAAGCAUGGUCAUUCCGAGCAAAACGAAUCUGCUCCACCUGUCUGGGAAGCACAACCGAACGAAACCGGGAACCAACAACUUGGUCAACCUGAAGAGGAAAAUGAGAGCUCUGAAAAUAUCGAGACCUCCUCAACACCAGCCAGAAUCCAGCCAUCCCAAGGUGCCAACUCCCCGGCCGGUACCCCCGAAACAGGCGUUGCAGGGCCAUCUCAACUGCUUCCACCGUAUCAACAACAGCGCAUCGAGUACAAACAUUUAAGCACUUUCAGAGAUAUUCGUUGUUUACAGCCAAAUAGAUUCAUUGGAUAUCCGCUUCUACCCAAAAGGAAGUUCGGGUGGGCAAUUGAAGCCGGCUCCAGGGUAAUAUGUGUUUGCGACACCGUUGCAGACUGGGAAUAUAAUGAUGUUUUUCCAAUGAGGUUAGGUGAUGCCUAUAUUGUUCUUAAAAUGUAUGGUGAUUUCUGGGCUUCAUGCUUGAAAUUGACUCUCGAUGAUCAAACCUGGUCUGCGUACCCAAUUUAUGAGAGGCAUAGAGAUAGGACAAAGUCUACCUAUAUUUGUCCAGACAAAAAUGUGCAAUUUCUCCCGCUGUGCGCUCUUACACUCGAUGCCAACUUUGGAGACUACCUUGCGCGUCAUCCCAGAAACGGGGGUCCUUGUUAUUCACCGGCAACCGGCCAAGAGGUUGUGCCCCCUGAGAGAACUUUUAGUCACCCUAGAAGCCUUAGGUAUCAAUCUGUGGUAGUACCCAAAAAGAUACUUCGCCAAGCCAAGUAUCCAAAUAUGCCACGAGAUACUGCUGCUAUCCGUGCACAUGAUUUCGUAGCCAUGGAUAUCGGGCACGUUUGUGAAUCAAAACCUUCCGAUUUACUUAACGUCGAUCCUGAUUAUACUCAUAUUACACCUGUUGACAAUAUUUUGAGGUUUAAGACCAGGAUUGAGAAGAAAAUAUCACGUCUAUCUCUCCGAGAAGCAAGCGCAAAAGUUCAAGAAUCAUCUGCGGCGAUUGGUGGCCACUUAAGAAGAAAAUUUCACUCCGAUCCGGGUUCUUCUGGUAUCCGGAGAUUCUUUACAAACCGGGGGGCAUCGAGCACGGAUACGCCAACUGGGCCAAGCGAGAGUGAUUCUCAUCAGACUACAGAAGGUGUCGGGGAUACUGCAGAUCAAACUGAAGCUGUCGGAGGAAAUCCUGACCAGGCCACGGAAGAGACCGCGGAUUCUUUGCGAGCAACUGCUGAAGGAAAUCCCAAUGAUGGCACCGAACGCACUCCUCAACCUACCACCACUAAUCCUCAACAGAGAGACCAAAUUACGACAACAGUAAAUGAAGUUAAGAGAUAAUUUGGAACACAGAAUAUGAAUAGUAAGGCCAAAGCCUCGAGAAUUAAAGCGCCAACUUGGCGUCAUUCAUACAAUAGCCCCUAGCCCGAUUAUUGUUCUUCCUCCUACAAAUUGGCUCGAUACCCUGUCAAUAUGGAUAACCUGGAUACAUUUCAUGUAUGCUUUUUGGCUAGCGGGAGGUUGGUGAUUUAUAUCUUAUUGUUUUUGGACUGUAGUGGAAUGCUUGCACUUAUUCUUAGACGUUUCACCCCCUUAAAUUUCUUUCAGUUACAUAUUUUUAUAUCAGACUUCUUGCUUUUAGGAACGACAACAGUCAAUCAAUCAAUGUUCAAAGCAUCUCUCAAGCAUUACUCUACUUUCAUCAGUAGGUUUUUAGGCAUUUUGGCUCUUUUCUUUUGCGGCCUUAUCGGUCUAUUCGAAUGAAAUGGCGGGAAAUGUCCUAGUUCACUUCAAGUGGCAUCUAGUUAUUGGAAAGUACGGAAAGGAAAGGCAUUAAAGUAAAAUAUUCAUGAACAAGCGUCUCAUUGGUAGUC